UGCUCAUCUCUCACACACACUCACUCACUUUGCAUUGAAGCACUUCUGUGACCGAUUUGGAAGGAAUUUCUCUCUCACUGUACCGACUUGGGACCAUCGUUUGCAUUGUUGGAUCGAGGCUCAGAGAACCUUGAUUCACUCACUGUUCCAAUGAUUUGUUCUUCCUAGGAUACUCGAAUCGUUCUGAAUGGAAAUCAAUUCUCUUGCACUCGCUUCUUGCCGUAUGUCCAUUCUGCAAAAGGACUCUGGCAGUGGAUCUCCACCACAACGCAAGAAGGUAAUCUCGCGGCAAAAUGAAAAUGGAUUUUUUGGUGGGGUGGAUAGCUGUAUAGAUUGCUCUUCUUUGGUUGAGAACUCGAGUAGGAAAAGAAUGCCUGAUCAAUCUAAUAGGGCUUUUGGUGAUAUUAAAGUUGAUGGUUAUCUGCCUAAAAUAUCUACUUUGUCUGCAUUGAUGUUAUAUUAUACGGAGAAUGGCCUCUUUUCUCAAGCCCAGACUGUGUGGGAGCAACUCCUAAAUAGUUCUUUUGUGCCUUCUAUUCGAUUCAUUUCAAAAUUAUUUGAUGCUUAUGGAAAGCAAGGGAAUUUGGAUGAAGUGAUCAAUAUUUUACAUUAUGUGGAUUCGAGGAAUUUCAAUAUAUUACCUGAUGUUUACUCAUUAGCUAUCUCUUGUUUUGGAAGAGGAGGACAGCUUGAGUUGAUGGAAGAUACAACAAAGGAGAUGGUUUUGAGGGGUUUCCAUAUCGGUUCUAAGACUGCCAAUGCUUUCCUUUUGUAUUAUUGUAUUUUUGGUUCUUUGAGAGAGAUGGAGAAUGCAUAUGGCCGCCUUAAGAGAUCAAGAUUUCUAAUAGAGGAGGAAGUGAUUCGGGCCAUGGCCUCUGCAUAUAUAAAGGAGAGAAAAUUCUAUGAAUUGGGUGAGCUCUUAAGAGAUGUGGGCCUAGGAAGGAAAAAUGUAGGAAACCUUUUAUGGAACCUUAUGUUACUUUCUUAUGCUGCCAAUUUCAAAAUGAAAAGCUUGCAGAGAGAAUUUCUUAGAAUGAUGGAAGCUGGGUUCCACCCUGAUAUUACAACCUUUAAUAUCCGUGCCCUAGCCUUUUCAAGGAUGUCUCUAUUUUGGGACCUCCACCUUAGCAUUGAACAUAUGAAAUAUGAAAAAGUCUUUCCUGAUCUAGUAACUUAUGGCUGUGUAGUUGAUGCAUACUUGGAUAGAAACCUUGGAAGAAACUUGGACUUCAUUUUAAACAAAAUGAACUUGGAUGACUCUCCAGAAUUGUUAACCGAACCGUUUGUAUUUGAAGCCUUAGGUAAAGGGGACUUUCACAUGAGUUCAGAAGCAUUUUUUGAUUUAAAGACACGAAGGAAAUGGACUUACAGGGUUUUAAUACAAAAAUAUCUUAACAAACAUUAUCGGAGGAACCAGAUAUUUUGGAACUACUAACUGAUUGUCUGAUGUUUCAGUCCAUUCAAUUUCUGGCCAGAUUUGAAUCCUACUUUUCUUUUCUUUUUCUUUUUUUUCAAAUUUAAAUUUAGGAUGAAAAUGGGACUCUUUGCGAAGAAAUCUAAAAAAAAGGUGAAACAGUGAUAGUGAUUUGGAUGAAUACAAUGAUUUGGAGUACGAGAAGAUAAGUGUUGAUGCAAAGUUUUAUUAUGUGGUAUAACCUUAGUGAUUUCUUGGUGGAAUGUGAUUAAGGAUUAUUUUGCUGAUGUAGGUGGAGGAUGAUUAUGUUGAUGAUGAUGGUAAGGAGGAGGAGGACAAAGAAGAACAACAUGGAGAGGAGGGAACAGAUGGGGAAGAAAAUAGAGAAAUAGAGCAAAGUGGAUGGAAAAUUAUGAGAUGGAAUA